AUGGAUGAUGAUAAUGGGACAGCAGUGACUGAAUUUAUUUUGUUGGGAUUCUCAUAUUUAGGGGCUUAUAAGCUGGCUCUCUUUUGGGGAGUGAUCUUUAUUUACCUGGUCACCCUUUUGGGCAACUCCCUGAUCAUCACCCUUACCCUGCUUGACUCAGCCCUGAGCACUCCAAUGUACUUCUUCCUCAGACACCUCUCUAUUAUAGAGAUACUCUACACUACUACUAUUAUUCCUAGGAUGCUGAGGGAUCUCCUCUCCUCAUAUCCUGCCAUCUCUCCAGCCAGCUGUUUUACCCAGAUGUAUUUCUUUGCCCUCUUUGGCGUUGCUGAAUGUUGUCUGCUCUCUGCCAUGGCUUAUGACCGUUAUGCUGCCAUUUGCCGGCCCCUGCACUAUGCCACAUUGAUGAACAGACAGGUAUGUGUGGGUAUGGUGGGUGCUUCCUAUCUAAUGGGGAUCACCUCAUGUACCACUGAUGCUCUGCUCAUCUUUACUUUGCCUUUCCAUGGCCCCAACAUUGUUCAUCACUUUCUUUGUGACAUUUUACCUGUUGUGAGACUGGCAAGUGCAGCCACAUUCUGGGCUGAGCUUGGAAAUUUUCUCAUCUCUCUGUUCUUUAUAAUUACUCCCUUUGUACUGAUCCUGUUUUCCUAUGUCCGCAUCCUCAUUACCAUCCUUGGGUUAGCUUCUGCUCAAGGACGCCAAAAAGUCUUCUCUACUUGCUCUUCCCACCUUUUGGUUGUCCUCCUCUUCUAUGGGACUGCUUCUAUCGCCUACAUGAGACCGGGAGUAAAUGCUACCCAGGACAUGGAUCAAAUCAUCUCCCUUUUCUACACAGUUGUAACACCCAUGCUCAACCCUUUUAUCUAUACUCUGAGGAACAAAGAGGUGAUGGGAGCCCUGAGGCGAAAGCUAACAAAAUCUCUUUGA